AUGACCUGGAACACCAACCUCCGAUGGCGACUGCCGCUCAUCUGCUUGCUCCUGGAGGUGGUCAUGGUGGUCCUCUUCGGCGUGUUUGUACGCUACGACUAUGAGGCCGACGCCCACUGGCCCGAGGAGAGGAGGCACAGGAACAUCGUCAGCGACUCAGAGAACGACUUCUACUAUCGCUACCCGAGCUUCCAGGACGUACACGUGAUGAUCUUCGUGGGCUUUGGCUUCCUCAUGACCUUCCUGCAGCGCUACGGCUUCAGCGCGGUGGGCUUCAACUUCCUGCUGGCAGCCUUCGGCAUCCAGUGGGCGCUGCUCAUGCAGGGCUGGUUCCACGCCUUCCAGGACGGCUACAUCGUCAUAGGCGUGGAGAGCCUCAUCAAUGCAGACUUCUGUGUGGGCUCUGUCUGCGUGGCCUUCGGGGCACUUCUGGGCAAAGUCAGCCCUAUCCAGCUGCUCAUCAUGACUCUCUUCCAAGUGACCCUCUUCACAGUGAAUGAGUUCAUUCUCCUUAACUUGCUGCUGGUGAAGGAUGCAGGUGGCUCCAUGACUAUCCACACCUUUGGCGCCUACUUUGGGCUCACUGUGACCUGGGUCCUCUACCGCCCCAACCUACAGCAGAGCAAGGAGAGGCAGAGUUCUGUGUACCACUCGGACCUCUUUGCCAUGAUUGGCACCCUCUUCCUAUGGAUGUACUGGCCCAGCUUCAACUCAGCUGUGUCCAACCAUGGGGAUGCCCAGCACCGGGCUGUCAUCAACACCUACUGCUCCCUGGCAGCCUGCGUGCUCACCUCAGUGGCGCUGUCCAGCGCCCUGCAGAAGAAGGGCAAGCUGGACAUGGUGCACAUCCAGAACGCCACGCUGGCGGGAGGAGUGGCUGUGGGCACGGCUGGUGAGAUGAUGCUCAUGCCCUAUGGCUCAGUCAUCGUCGGCUGUAUCAGCGGCAUUGUCUCCACCCUGGGCUUCGUGUACCUGACGCCCUUCCUGGAGGCCCACUUGCAGAUCCAGGACACGUGUGGCAUUCACAACCUGCAUGGCAUGCCCGGCCUCAUCGGCGGCAUCGUGGGUGCAGUGACAGCAGCCUACGCCAACUCUGAGGUGUAUGGGCAUGAAGGGCUUGUCCAAGCUUUUGACUUUGAAGGCAGCAAUAGUAACAGGACCACACAACUUCAGGGUAGCUUCCAGGCUGCCGGCAUCUUUGUGUCCCUGGCCAUGGCCCUGGUGGGCGGCGGCAUCGUAGGAAUCAUUUUGAAAUUACCAUGCUGGGGACAGCCCGCUGAUGAGAACUGCUUUGAGGACAAGAUCUACUGGGAGGCAAGACCCUCCCUCCCUCCUUCCCCACCUCUGUCCCUCCCUACCUCUCUGCCUCUCUGUCCCGCUGCGGUCAGCACUGUAGAUGGCGCCGCCAAGCCGCCCACCUACCCUCAACUCUCGCGCAUCUGUGGCUCUGACCGUGCCACUGUGCCAGUUUGGGACGCGGGCGUGUCAGGAGUGGAUCUGAACCACCGAGCCCCACAGUGCGGCGUCUGGAUCCCAGGGGCGCCCUCUGCCGGCGGAUCUGGAGAAGGCGCGUCCGGAGGAGAGGGCCAGAGAACCGCUGGCCCGACUGACGAAGAGACCACGCGAGUAAACUGGGCGGAGGAGCGUGAGCGUGGGGCUAGGCCCGGCCUCGCCGAGGUGGCGCCGCCCGCCCGGUUUCCAUCGCCCUUUCUAGGAGAGAGCCAGCGGGCGCAGAUGCGUGGAGAGGGCUGGGGCUGGAGCGAGCACACCCAGGGUCUGCCGCUGGCUGCUGGUAAACGUGAGCCAGUCGGCCUCAGCGUUUCCAUCUGUGAUGCGGGCGAGGGAGGGCCUCUGGCAGCUAAAGGGCUGCAAGGAGAAGCCCUAGUAAGGGCAGGAACCUCCCGCCUGGUCGCCAAAGCUUCCCUGCGCUGGUUCCUGAGGGUUGGGGCACAACCCCGGGCUUCGGUAGGGGAAGGGAGGUGCAGCCGAAAUCCUCCUGGCGUGGGCACCGAGGCGCUCUAA